AUUUAUUUCUUGAUACUUCGCCAGCUCUACGAAGUUUUUCCAAAUCGUCAAAAUGUCCGAUUCACCAAGAAGCGACGAAGAGGAUCUCAGUGAAGGUUCGGACAGCUCAGUAUCACUGCAUCAAAUCGAUCCCAAAAUUCAAUGUAUCGUCACGGACCCACGUGCAGUGCGAAUCUUGAUUCUACAUCAACAUCUUCAAGGCAUUCCAGUUUUCAAUGCAUAUAAAGCAAUGAACAAGGUAUUUGGAGAUCACUUUAUGGAAUACCGACACUUUGAAUAUUGGUAUAUGGGACUUGCAAAUGGGAGUUUAACCGUAGACUCUUAUGAUAGAUUUCAUACAUCAGAGAGAAAAGAGUUCACCGACUUUUCAACCUACUUCCAAGCAAUGAUUCUGGAUAAACUGAAUCCAAUUGAUCGGUUUGCUGCACGCGCAGUUUGCCGUGGUUUUAAGUCUAUGAUCGAUUAUCAACAUUCUAACCUGAAAACGAUGACUAUGUAUCUAGAAGAGAAAAGCGUUGGAUUGAAGACAAACGGUGGCUACGUGACCUAUGAAUUGGAGGAUGAGGACUGUCAAGUGAACUAUAAGAAACGGAAAAUGAUUGUUAAGGAUAAGAAACCAUUGGAGGUUGCUAUGAAGGAUGUAUCAAGACUUUUGAAGAUCAGAGGAUUAGAUAUGGAUUACUUCGCAAUUAUUAUGACGGAAAUUAUGGAAGAAGAGUUCGUUUCAUUUGAUGCUAUUAACGACGUUCUUAAAUCAAUUGGAAUCCUGUCGGCAAAAUCAGUAUUGCUCGAUUGGUUUCACACUUUUGAAAUUACUGUACUUCUGAAAUACUUUAAGCCUGGAAUCCUGGAGGACUUAACAAUUAAAUGUCUUGAAUCCGAUGAAGAGUUCACAGGAAAUCUGGUGUACCUGGAACAGUGGAAAAAGGCAAAGAAUCUGAAAUUGUCUAAAGUCCCAAAUUUUCCAAUUAUCGUCGAACAUCUCGAUAACUUCAAAUCUUUGAACUUCGACUUCCAUGGGGAACCUUUCUCAAGAGAUGAUAUCAUGAAGCUUCGAGAUGAGGUUCUUCUAAAAUCAACCAAGUUUGAAUACUUUUCUUGUAAAAAUGUGAAAUUCAACACAAAAAUGUUCGUGAAAGUUUUUGAUGCUCGCUCAACUCUAUUUUGUUCGUCUGGCUCAAUUGUUUAUGAAUCGUCCAAUGGAAUAUUCGAUAUUGCUUAUCAUCCGAAUGGGUUCAACAUUAAGAAGAAAAUUGACUCGCAAGUUUGAACUCGUGAAUAUUAGGAUAAUAAAUUAUUUAUCAUUU